AUGGCGUCGAACCAAAAGCCCUUUUCGUUCCAGGAGGCCAUCGAGGUCAUAGAGAAGAAGGCCAGUCGCAAGGGCCUAGAGCACUACUUGUGCAGCCAACUCCACGCUGUAACUAUGGCGUUAGCACAGCGACCAAAGUCUUUCUCCUUAGCAAACUUCCACUGCUUGCUCUGCCGCACGAUCUGGACAAGCUGCUUUGCCGAUGAGAAGUAUCCAUGGUCAGAGGAUUCCCUCGUCAACUUCAUAGCCGCUAGCAACCUUCGUGAGCUAGUAGACCCAAAAGCGAUGCGUGCAGCAGCAGACGCGGCCGGGUCUAGUCGGAACUUGAAGCUCGCCUUCGAGAUAAUCCGCACCAACGAAGUACCGGGGGCCCACGAGAAGAAGUCCACAAAGCCAUCAGCCAAGCCUCCGAACAACGAGAACAAUCUAAGAUCCAAGAUCAAAACCAUUGUGGCCGACGUUUACAGAGUACGAACCACUCCGGCAUCACAACCCGCCCAUACUGAAGGCAUCUUAUCUCGACUUGCUGCUAUCGAGCAGCGCCUAGGCGUUGAGGGGGAGGUAGACAAUUCUAAAAUGGAGCCUGACGGGGGCAAGGCGCAGAGGUGA